UUCAAGCCCUCAGUCAGUUGUGCAGGAGAAAGGGGGCGGUCGGCUUUCUCCUUUCAAGAACGAGUUAUUUUCAGCUGCUGACUGGAGACGGUGCACGUCUGGAUACGAGAGCAUUUCCACUAUGGGACUGGAUACAAACACACGCCCGGCAGACUUAAAGAGUCUCAGACUGAGGAGAAAGCCUUUCCUUCUGCUGCUACUGCUGCUGCUGCUGCUUUUGAGGGUCCACUCCUUUCAUGGUUUUUUCUGCCAAACCAGAGGCACCUUCGCUGCUGCCGCCGUUCUCUUUGGUGUCAUUCAGCGGCUGGCCAGAGGAUGAGACUCCCCAAACUCCUCAUUUUCUUGCUUUGGCACCUGGCUUGGCUGGACCUGGAAUUCAUCUGCACUGUGUGGGGUGCCCCUGACUUGGGCCAGAGACCCCAGGGGGCCAGGCCAGGAUUGGCCAAAGCAGAAGCCAAGGAAAGGCCCCCUCUCGCCCGGAACAUCUUCAGGCCAGGGGGUCACAGCUAUGGUGGAGGGGCCACUAGUGCCAGGGCAAAGGGGGGCACCGGGCAGACAGGAGGCUUGACACAGCCCAAGAAGGAUGAACCCAAAAAGCUGCCCUCCAGAUUGGGUGGCUCUGAACCCAAGCCAGGACACCUUCCCCAGACAAGGCAGGCUGCAACGCGGACUGUGACCCCAAAAGGACAGCUUCCCGGGGGUAAGGCACCCCCAAAGGCAGGAUCUGUCCCCAGCCCCUUCCUGCUGAAGAAGGCCAGAGAGCCUGGGCCCCUGCGAGAGCCCAAGGAGCCGUUCCGCCCGCCCCCCAUCACGCCCCAUGAGUACAUGCUCUCGCUGUACAGGACGCUGUCCGAUGCUGACAGAAAGGGAGGCAACAGCAGCGUGAAGUUGGAGGCUGGCCUGGCCAACACCAUCACCAGCUUUAUUGACAAAGGGCAAGAUGACCGAGGUCCUGUGGUCAGGAAGCAGAGGUACGUGUUUGACAUUAGUGCCCUGGAGAAGGAUGGGCUGCUAGGGGCUGAGCUGCGGAUCUUGCGGAAGAAGCCCUCGGAUACGGCCAAGCCAGGGGCCCCCAGCAGCGGGCGGACUGCCCAGCUGAAGCUGUCCAGCUGCCCCAGCGGCCGGCAGCCGGCAGCCUUGCUCGAUGUGCGCUCCGUGCCAGGCCUGGAUGGAUCUGGCUGGGAGGUGUUCGACAUCUGGAAGCUCUUCCGAAACUUUAAGAACUCGGCCCAGCUGUGCCUGGAGCUGGAGGCCUGGGAACGGGGCCGGGCCGUGGACCUCCGUGGCCUGGGCUUGGACCGGACUGCCCGGCAGGUCCACGAGAAGGCCCUGUUCCUGGUGUUUGGCCGCACCAAGAAACGGGACCUGUUCUUUAAUGAGAUUAAGGCCCGCUCUGGCCAGGAUGAUAAGACUGUGUAUGAGUACCUGUUCAGCCAGCGGCGAAAACGGCGGGCCCCACUGGCCACGCGCCAGGGCAAGCGGCCCACCAAGAACCCCAAAGCCCGCUGCAGUCGGAAGGCACUGCAUGUCAACUUCAAGGACAUGGGCUGGGACGACUGGAUCAUCGCACCCCUUGAGUACGAGGCCUUCCAUUGUGAGGGGCUUUGCGAGUUCCCCUUGCGUUCCCACCUGGAGCCCACGAACCAUGCAGUUAUCCAGACCCUGAUGAACUCCAUGGACCCCGAGUCCACGCCACCCACGUGCUGUGUGCCCACUCGGCUGAGUCCCAUCAGCAUCCUCUUCAUUGACUCCGCCAACAACGUGGUCUAUAAGCAGUAUGAGGACAUGGUUGUGGAGUCUUGUGGCUGCAGGUAGCAGCACUGGCCCUCUGUCUUCCUGAGUGGCACAUCCCCAGGAUGCUGGUCACAAGAGCCCCUCCCUGUACUCUUGGAAUCACAGAGGGGUUGGGAAGCUGCAGCCAGGAGCAUCUACACAAGCCUGCAUGAAAGGGGAUUCCAAUAGCCUUGCUCACUCUCCGAGUGGGACUUGGGCUAAAGGUCCCUUUCUAUCCACAAGUCUCCCUGUCUGAGGAUUUCUGCCCUUCUGCUCCUCUGACUGGCAGGGACAGGCCCAAGGAGAUAGACUCUGAAUGGGACUGAGAUCCAGGAGAUGGUGUUUUCCAAUGAGACUCAGCCCACAACCUCUCCUUACCUGGGCCUGGGCCUCCUUGGCCUCUGAACUCUCCAGGGAGGGCUCCUCUUGGGAGAUCCUCAGGUGCCACCUCCUCAUUGGAUCACCUUUGUGCCUGGUGACUUCCUGCGCCUGGGGUAGAUGAGAUGCUGAUUGGGCCGGGGUGGGAAAGAUGGAGAGGGGGCUUGGGCAGGGAUGAGGAGUGUGAGGCUAUUAGACUGUUAGAUUAAAAUGUACAUUGAUGAGAUAAAAAGCAAAACUGUGCCUAAAA